AUGUCAAAAGUUAUUAGCAACGUCUUUUAUCAUAUACCUUAAGACAAGGAUGACCCAGAUAUUCCAAAUGUUUUUUGCGUUCCCAAAUCAUAAGAAGAAAUACGUUUAGCAGAUAUUAAAAGCUACUUCCCAUUAAAUGGAUAAUAUAUUUUUAGGUUUAAAUACAGAUAUAAUAACUAAGUAGUUUGGAUGGACAUACCCGAAAAUUCUAAAAAGCUUCCUAUUUAUGAGGGUAGAAUAUUUUUAAAAGCAACAAGAGUUUAAUGGGGAGAAGAAUAGAAAAAAGUAGAGCCAGAAUAAGUUUAAGUUCCAGUUUAAAGUUUGCCACCUUAAUAAGCUCCUUAGCAAUAAUAAAAAUAGCAACCUCAAUAAGAAUACAUAGAUUUCUUUGGAGAAGAGGAAGAGACUUAAAAACAAUAAAAUUAGUAAUCAACUGGAUAAUAUUAAGGAACAAACCUUUUAGAUUUUUGA